UCCAAUACGUUCUUUCACGUCGGAUUUUCUGUCAGAUUUCCACUUUCACAAUUUACCUCUUCUUUUUUUUACCCUCUCUUAGCUCGUUAUGCUUAAACCUACCAGCGCAGAAACUAAAAUUUCAUGCAUUGAGCAGUUUAUAUAGUAAAGAGAGGGUAAAAAACAUAGUGGUAAAUUGUGGAAGUGGAAAUCCAACAAAAGUCCGGCAUGACAGAACGCACCUAAUUUCCACCAAUUUCAAUAAUUUUCAAUUUCAUCAGAGUUGGUUGAUUGUGGUUGAUGUUAUUGUAAAAAUAAAAAUAAUUCGUGUUACUGUUAUAUCAAGUGGUUAAUAAAUAUCUAUCAAAAUGGUGUUAGCGGAUUUAGGGCGAAAAAUAACAAAGGCCCUGCAGUCCUUGAGAGAUGCAACAAUCAUCGAUGAAGAAGUAUUGAAUUCUAUGCUAAAAGAAAUUUGCAAAGCACUUUUAGAAGCUGAUGUUAAUAUUCGUCUUGUCAAGCAACUCAGAGAAAAUGUUCGUCAAGUCAUUGACUUUAAUGAAAUGGCUGCAGGUCUCAACAAAAGGAGGAUGAUCCAAAGUGCAGUUUUCAAAGAACUUGUCAAGCUUAUUGAUCCUGGUGUAAAAGCCUUCCAGCCAGUUAAGGGAAAGCCAAAUGUCAUCAUGUUUGUUGGUCUUCAGGGAUCAGGAAAAACAACAACAUGUACAAAAUUGGCAUAUCAUUAUCUCAAAAAAAAUUGGAAAGCAUGUUUAGUUUGUGCUGAUACAUUUCGUGCUGGAGCCUAUGAUCAAAUCAAACAGAAUGCCACAAAAGCUAGAAUACCAUUCUAUGGAAGCUACACCGAAGUUGAUCCAGUUGUAAUUGCUCAAGAUGGUGUUGAUAUGUUUAAAAAAGAAGGCUAUGAAAUAAUAAUUGUUGAUACAAGUGGUAGACACAAGCAGGAAGAAUCAUUAUUUGAAGAAAUGUUGCAAGUAUCAAAUGCAGUUCAGCCAGAUAAUAUUAUAUUUGUUAUGGAUGCAACAAUUGGUCAAGCUUGUGAAUCACAAGCAAAAGCUUUUAAAGAACGUGUUAAUGUUGGUUCUAUCAUCAUAACAAAAUUGGAUGGUCAUGCUAAGGGUGGUGGUGCUUUAUCAGCAGUUGCAGCAACACAGAGUCCUUGUAUUUUUAUUGGUACUGGUGAACAUAUUGAUGAUCUUGAGCCAUUUAAAACAAAACCAUUUAUUAGUAAACUUUUGGGAAUGGGUGAUAUUGAGGGUCUCAUUGAUAAAGUCAACGAAUUAAAUCUUGAUGAUAAUGAAGAUUUAUUAGAAAAAAUUAAACAUGGACAAUUUACUUUGAGAGAUAUGUACGAACAAUUUCAAAAUGUCAUGAAACUUGGACCCUUUUCACAAGUUUUGGGAAUGAUUCCUGGAUUUAGUCAAGACUUUAUGACAAAAGGUAGAGAAGAAGAUACUACAGUUAGAUUAAAGCGUUUAAUGACAAUAAUGGAUAGUAUGAAUGAUGCUGAAUUGGAUAAUAAAGAUGGUGCAAAAUUAUUUACAAAACAACCAGGAAGAAUUACAAGAAUUGCACGUGGUUCUGGUGUUACUGAAAAAGAAGCAAAAGAUCUUAUUUCACAGUAUACUAAAUUUGCUGCUGUUGUUAAAAAAAUGGGUGGUAUUAAAGGUUUAUUCAAAAGUGGUGACAUGACGAAAAAUGUAAAUCCAACACAAAUGGCCAGACUAAAUCAGCAAAUGGCAAAAAUGAUGGGACCUGCAGCACUACAUCAAAUGGGGGGAACAGCAGGAUUACAGAAUUUCAUGAGACAAAUUCAGCAAGGUGCCGGAGGGUUAAGUAAUCUUGGUGGCCUUUUUGGAGGUCAAUCUUAAACCACUCGAUAAAAAUUUCCAGUUAUUCAUACGAACUCUUUUGUACGAGAAAAAAAAAAAAAAAAAUUUUUAUCCAUUUUCUAGCAUAAUUAUUGCGUUUUUAAUUUUCGAUUCUUAAAAGUAUAUUUAAAUUAUUUAUGAAAUUAAGCAUAGAAAUUUUUUUAUGAAAUUUCUUUAUAUUGCUACAUAUUUAAACAUUAUCAAAUCAUCUUACAGAAUUAUAAGAAAUUGCAA